ACAGGCAGCCCAGCCAAUGAACUUUCCGAAUCCACCGCCGAAUCACAUGCCCCAGAUCCGAAGAGAGGUCAUGACCCGGGACGCAAAUGGCAAUGUUGCGUUCUCCACCAUGCCAGUGAACAUCCCGACGAGACCCUUCAACGCACCACCCUUCACCACACCUUUCGUCUCACCAUUUUCCACCGCACCACCCCCCGGGGGCCCCGUGAGCGGUAUUGCUUUCUGCCACCUAGUCAUCUCCCCCGAUGAGCCAUCCAAACCGAUAGCCGAAUUUUUCAACCCCGAUGCUCACAAGGGACUUGCUGUGGAGGCUUCAAACCUAGUCCAGGCUGGCUGCACGGGUAUGAGCCAUGUCGAUAUCCCUCCGCAGUCCGGGUGGAAGGUAUCUCGAACCGAGGGCUAUGAAUACGGCGUGGUGUUGGAGGGAGAGGUUCUGCUGAAGCUGACUAGUGGGGAUAGUCGGGCGUUGAAUAACUAGUUAGAGGGGAUGUGGUUAUUCAGCAGCGGACGGCGUGGCACGUGUGGAGCAACAACAAAUAUGCGCGGUGAGCGAGGCUGCUGUUCGUGCAGCACCCGUGUUCGCCGCUCGAGACCCGGCAGCCGCGCCCCGGGGGGACCUAGGUUGGCUAGCGUGUUAGAGCUACGUUUGCCAGACCGAGGGUCGUCGUCGAGGGGAGGAAACGGGUUGGAGGGAGGUCGUAUCGUGAUAGCAUAGCUAAGAGCUCGUAGGUUUUCACUCGAGUUUGUAACUGAUACUGUCACGCUGCCUCGUUUUAUAGCGCCUCGUCAU